GGUCCGGAGCGAGGCCGCCCCGUCGGUGGCGGUGGUUCGGGGGGAGGCGGGCUGUGAGCGGGCCGAUGCGCUGCGUCAGUGUAAUAGACUAUUUUCCUCACAAACAAGCAAUGGCUGUGGAUGUAGCAAUGCAGCUGUACCUGUGCUCCUCACCCUUGCGAAGAGAGAGGUGUGCCUGCAAAAUUGCCCCAAAGCCAAACAAGCCAUUGCGGCCAUGCAUCCAGCUGAACAGCAAGGCGGUACUGACUGGACCAGAAGAGGCAGAAAACUCCUUCACACACAACAAGGUGAAGAAGAAGGUGUCAUUUGCGGAUAGCAGAGGCUUUGCUUUGACAAUGGUGAAGGUGUUCUCAGAGUUUGAUGAUCCUCUAGAUAUUCCUUUCAACAUCACUGAACUGAUCGACAACAUUGUGAGUCUGACAACAGUAGAGAGGGACAGCUUUGUCCUGGACUUCGUUCAGCCCUCUGCAGACUACCUGGACUUCAGAAACCGUCUUCAGACAGACUGUGUGUGCCUUGAAAACUGUAUGUUAAAGGAACGGUCUGUUGUGGGCACAGUGAAAGUGAGGAAUCUGGCUUUUGAAAAGUCUGUAAAGAUCAGGAUGACAUUUGACACCUGGAAAAACUUUGUAGAUUACCCGUGCCAAUAUGUCAAGGAUACGUACGGAGGAUCAGAUCGGGACACGUUUUCUUUUGACAUCAGCUUGCCUGAUGGAAUUCAAUCCCAUGAAAGAGUUGAGUUUGCCAUCUCCUUUGAGUGCAACGGCAAGGUGUACUGGGACAGCAACAGGGGCACAAAUUACAGAAUCAUACGCUCAGAACUGAAGUCUGCCCAGGAAGCCCUCCGCCCUCCGUGCAGCCCUGACUUCAGCAGUGCCUUUGACCAGUUUGGGAGUCCUCGGUGUGCCUAUGGCCUGUUUGCUGAGUGGCCAAGCUAUUCAGGAUAUGAAAAGCUGGGGCCCUACUACUGACCUAAGGACCUAAUAUUCUGACUGACUGUUGGUGGUGUCUGCAGGUGUGGGAGCCCUCCUAAACUCGAGGUGUGUGGAAAAGUGGAAGAAGUGAGGCUCCGUGUAGCUCUGCGUAAGCCUCCCAGCGAAAAAAAAAAGUGCAGUACUCUGCUGGCAGUUGGCUUAUAAUCAGGGAUGCAUCUCCAUAAAGGGCUGCCUUCCCUGUCUCAAGUCAGAUAGCUGGCUCUCCCGAUGAUCAAAAGAAAAGGAGAUGUUGCUUGCCUGCCUGUUCAGUGCUGCUACUCCUUCCUCUUCUGUAAAGCUGCUAGUCUCCAGGGAAACACUACAAUGCUUGGGUUGUCUGCUGAAGCUAUGUAGUGGUGGCUGGUUUGUGUUGCUUGCUAGUGUUAAAGGGUUUUGGUGUUGGUUUUCCUUUUUUUUUUCUCCAAAAUAUGUUCUAGUAUUUUUAAGUGUGCUGUACUUCAACAUCGCAGCUGGGCUCUCCUGGAGGGUUGGCCCAUGCCUGUCAGGAAAUGUUGAAGUGAUUGGCUUAUGGGGAACAGCCAUCUUUUUGUGCACUUCCUUGUGUGAGGCCCUUUCUGCUUGAGGCAGGAAGGGUAUUUUGGAAGUGAGAAUACAACUGCGAUAAGAUGUGACCCCACAGCCUGCUGUAUUAGGGGACAUAUGUGCCUGUGGGGGAAAAAUCUGAUAUGCUUAGUCACCAGUUGUUUUAUCAGCUGAUCUUGAAAAGCUUUCAUCAUAUGCUUGGCUGGUGUUACCAAAAAUAGAGGUUAGCUGUAGCUGUAUGGUGCUUGUAAAGCAUCUGUAGGCUGACAGCCUUGACUGCCUUCUUUAAAACCUUCCUCUCUUUUAAUUGCAAGUGACCAGUAAUGCUUUUAUCCCUUGAUGAACAUUUGGAAUCAGCUACUGGACUUGCUGGGUUUUGGCAUGAUGCCCAUGCAAGCAGCUUUUCUCAGGUGUUGUGGGAGCUAAACACAUGGCACUGUCAUGCUGAGAGAAGGUGGCUGUCAUGCACCUACUGUGAUGGAAGUGCCUUGGCUGAUAAAGUGCUGGGAUCACGUGCACCAUCACUGGUUUGAGAUAAACAGGCUUUGGAAUUGAUGUUGCUUUUUUUUAAUAAAAAAGUGUAGUGGUUUAUUACUCCAUGCCUUGAACUGCUUGGCAGCAGAUGGAGUGGCACUGCUCAUGUGCAAGGAUGUUGUGGCUGAACUGAAGAACAUCAACAUGCUGUGCUUUCCCUCACUGCUCUAGCAGUUGCUGCCACUUCAACCUGGGAAUGUCUAAGCUUUCUUUUGCUCUUGCCUUAAGAAGUGGCUCACCCACUGCAGAGGAAUGUGAUAUUUGGGAUUACUCUGCCACCUCCAGAUGUGAAACAAAUCACCAAUGUGAGCCAUCACUCUUUUGAAACAAGGUAGCUGUGCUGAGAUGAGGUAGCCAGCUUGUUCAGUGCCAGACAGCCUUGCAAAGCUGCUUGCAUAGUAGCUGAGCAGAAAAUGUAAUCCCUCAAUCAAACAAUCAAAGGGAGGUUCUGAAUAGUCUGUAGGAGUAGAGGUCAAGGGAAUCUUCCUAGUGCAUAAGCUUUAUAAAUGUUUUGGGUGCCUAUAGAAGCAUUUAGAUUGGCUGGAGAGAAGCAGUGGGCUAGACUACUUGAUAAGCUUUU